AUAAAUUGUUCAUUCCCUUAUCCAUUACUUUAUAGCAGUCAGAGAGAAUGGCCAAGGCAGUCCCUGGCAGUUCUUCCCACCUUUAGUAGCUCCCUAGGAGAGGUUAACGUGGUCCUGCAUGAAUUGUUUAUUCUUGUGAUGGUCUUAUCAUGGCUGAGAACGACACAGACAAAAUCCAGAUUGAGAAGCUCCUAAAAAGAGUACAAGAACUUGAGAAGGAGGUACAAAGACUUAAAGAACGGGCCAAUAACAAGGACUCAAACAUCAGAGAAAAUACUUCAGGAACUAGAAAAGCUAAGCGUUCAUUUGAUUACAGUGCUCAUGGUCGAAGACAUAUAGCCCUAAAGAUAGCCUAUCUGGGCUGGGGAUACCAAGGUUUUGCCAGUCAGGAAAACACAAACAAUACAAUUGAAGAGAAACUCUUUGAGGCUCUAACUAAGACUCGUCUGGUGGAAAGCAGACAGACAUCUAACUAUCACCGGUGUGGGCGAACAGACAAAGGAGUUAGUGCCUUUGGACAGGUGAUUUCUCUUGACCUUCGUUCUCACUUUCCAAAGGACAGGGAUUCAGAGACUUUUAAUUUAAAAGAUGAAAUUGCUACAGAGAUCCGCUACACCCACAUUCUCAAUCGAGUGCUCCCUCCAGACAUCCGUGUACUGGCCUGGGCCCCUGUAGCACCUAGCUUCAGUGCUAGGUUCAGUUGUCUUGAAAGGACUUACCGCUACUUUUUCCCUCAUGCUGAUUUAGAUAUUAUAACCAUGAAUAAUGCAGCUCAGAAGUAUGUUGGGACCCAUGAUUUCAGGAACUUAUGUAAAAUGGAUGUAGCCAAUGGAGUGGUUAAUUUUCAGAGGACCAUUCUGUCUGCUCAAGUACAACGAGUGGGUCAGAACCUGAGUGAGGAGAAAUGGGAAGAGCCUUUCCAGUUAUGUCAGUUUGAAGUGACUGGGCAGGCAUUCCUUUAUCAUCAAGUUCGCUGUAUGAUGGCUAUCCUUUUCCUGAUUGGCCAAGGUCUGGAAAAGCCUGAGAUCAUUGAUGAGCUGCUGAACAUAGAGAAAAAUCCCCAGAAACCUCAAUAUAGUAUGGCUGUAGAAUUUCCUCUAGUAUUGUAUGACUGUAAGUUUGAGAAUAUCAAGUGGAUCUAUGACCAGGAGGUUCAGGAGUUCAAUGUUACCCACCUACAACAACUAUGGGCUAGUCACGCCGUUAAAACGCACAUGCUGUACAGUAUGCUACAAGGACUGGACUCCGUUGCAGUGCCCUAUGGGACAGGACCAAAGAUGGAUGGAGUGACAGAAUGGAGAAAUGUUAAGCCCUCUGUCAUAAAGCAGACCAGUGCCUUUGUAGAAGGAGUGAAAACACGCACAUAUAAGCCCCUAAUGGAUCGUCCUAAAUGCCAAGGAUUAGAAUCCCGGAUCCAGCAUUUUGUACGCAGAGGACGCAUUGAGCACCCACAUUCAUUCCAUGAGGAAGAAAUAAAAGCCAGAAGGGACUGUAAUGACAUGGUAGAAGAAAAUACUAUUUUGGAGAAACCAACAAAGAGAGUCUGUGUUGACACAGAAAUUAAAAGCAUCAUUUAACCAAGAAAACUCACUUGGAUCUUAGAGGCAAGAUUAGUGAAAGAAACUUAGUGGUAGGUGGUUAAAAGGAAAAUACAAAAAAAGUAUAUAUUUACUGAAGGAAGUCCUAAAUGAUCAGCUCUUCAACAACUGGCCAUUAGACCCUAUAAAGGAAGUUCUUGCUUGAACAAGAAAGAGAUCAUUCCCUGAUUUUUACCCAAAUUGACUUGAGAUGGAAAAAGCAAAAAGCAAUCAUGGUAUUGGAGGUAUAUUUAUGUAUACCUGAAACCUGUGUUCAAACAUUAAA